UGUCUGAGAAGAGGCUGGGGCCGCUGGAGGGACGCCUGCAGGAGCCAGGCCUCCUCCUCCCGGGUCCUGGGAGCUGCUGCCGCCACUGCAAGAGGCGCUGGACACCUCUGGCCCUGCCUGCUCACCUCCCCGAGGCUGCCAGCCAGAGCUCAGGGUGCUUGGCUGAGCCCGGAAUCCCGGGGGGGACCCCCAGCUGACCUCUGCGUGCCCCAGCAUGGAAGAAGGUGGGGAGUAUGACGGCUACUAUGGGGCGGACAACCAGUCUGAGUGUGAGUACGCGGAUUGGCAGUCCUCCGGCGCCCUCAUCCCGGCCAUCUACAUGGUGGUCUUCAUCCUGGGGACCGCGGGCAAUGGGCUGGUGCUCUGGACCGUCUUCCGCAGCGGCCGGGACCGGCGGCGGGCGGCCGACGUCUUCAUCGCCAGCCUGGCGGUGGCCGACCUCACCUUCGUGGUGACCCUGCCGCUCUGGGCCACCUACACCUAUCGGGACUACGACUGGCCCUUCGGGGCCUUCGCCUGCAAGCUCAGCAGCUAUCUCAUCUUCGUCAACAUGUACGCCAGCGUCUUCUGCCUCACCGGCCUCAGCCUGGACCGCUACCUGGCCAUCGUGAGGCCGGUGGCCAACGCCCGGCUGCGGCCGCGCGUCGGCGGCGCCGUGGCCACCGCCGGGCUGUGGGCGCUGGCCGGCCUGCUCGCCCUGCCCGUGCUGGUCUUCCGCACCACCGGCGCCGCGCUGCCGGGGGAGAACAGCACCAAGGCGCAGUGCUACAUGGACUACUCGCUGGUGGCCAGCCCCGACGCCGAGUGGGCCUGGGACGUGGGCCUGGGCGUCUCGUCCACCGUGCUGGGCUUCGCGGGGCCCUUCGCCGUCAUGCUGACCUGCUACUUCUGCAUCGGCCGCACGGUGGCCGGCCACUUCGGCAAGGAGCGCGCGCGGGGCCUGCGCAAGCGCCGGCGGCUGCUGGCCAUCAUCGCCGUGCUGGUGCUGACCUUCGCGCUCUGCUGGCUGCCCUACCACCUGGUCAAGACCCUCUACGUGCUGGGCAGCCUGCUGCGCUGGCCCUGCGCCUUCGACCUCUUCCUCAUGAACGUCUUCCCCUACUGCACCUGCAUCAGCUACGUCAACAGCUGCCUCAACCCCUUCCUCUACGCCUUCUUCGACCCCCGCUUCCGCCAGGCCUGCGCCGCGGUGCUCUGCUGGGGCCGCCGGGGCUGCGGCGGCGCCUGGCGCGCGGGCGGCGGCAGCGGCGGCGGCCGGGGCGGCGGCGGCGGGGACAAGUCGGCCAGCUCCUCCUCCUCGGCGUCGUCGGGGCAGAGCCAGGGCCCCGGGCCCGGCGGCGCGGGGAAGGGCGGGGAGCCGAUGCCGGAGAAGUCCAUCCCCUACAGCCAGGAGACCCUCGUGGUGGACUAGGGCCGGGUCCCCCCGCCCGGGGCCCUUGGCUCUCUGAAGAGCGGGGAGCUGGUGAGGGGGCGGGGCCCCCCUUCUCUGGUGCACUUGACCCCUCUCCCUGCUCCCCGUGUCGGUCUUGUCCUCCUUUCCCCCUGGGAGGUGCUUCUUCAGAGGUCUGUGGUUCUGGAGGGUAAGGGAGGGAAGCCCGCAGCCCCGAUCUCCGAUCUCCGUGAGACCGACCUUGCCCGUCUCUGAAAUGCUCCCAGCCUCAGUGUCUCUCCGUGGGGAUAAAACGGAGGAACUGAACUGAUCUGCUUCCAAGCUCCAUCAAAGUUUGCUUCCCCCUCCUCCCCGCCCCCUGAAACUAAAAUGAUGUGCGUCCAGGCUCCAUUAAAGUUCACUUCCCCCCAGCCCUUCUCCGGGAUCUCCAGCUCCCCUCCCGUUUCCUCUUAGUUUCCACCCGCUUUUCCUCCUCUGUUCCCCUCCCCACCCCCACCGAGUGCCAUUUCUCCUCCGAAUCCUCACCUCUUGGCUCCCACAUCCUCCCCCACGGCUCAUCCUCCUUCUCCCUCAGUCUCUCUCCCUUUUUACCUCCUUGUUCUGAAGGGCCUCUAAGGGUUAAGGCGUGUGAAGCUCGCAGACACUGCCCGGUGCAAGCUCUUUGUCCCUGAGGCCUCGGCAGGGAAUGGACCUGGCUGAGAAGGGCUGGGUGUCAGCAAAGCUGCAGCUCCUGGCUCUGCAGCUGUGAGCUCCAGAGCUUCACUCCAACUUGGAUCAGUUCGCAGUGUUUCAGGCCCUGGAGGUCUAGCGAUGCGUGAAGGGGGCGUGAAGGGGCGUCCCUUCUUGCAGCCCACCAGCUGGACACGCUUUCCAGAAGCGUCCUUAGCCCCUUGCCUUCAUCCUCUCUUUUCUGCAGGGACUGGAAGGCAGUGGGGUUGGUGCAGCAGCAAGCUCCUUGGUUUCAUGAUAUGAGCGGGGACUUGGGCAGGGAAAAGGAGAAAGAGGGGGCAUCUGCAUUUGGUCUAAGGGCUGCUCGGGCCCCCUCCCCAAAUCCUCAUCUCUCCAACCUCCUCCAGACCUGCGAGCGGCCGACCUCUGCCUGUCUCUGCAUCCCAACAGACAUCCCCAGGACAUUCUUCUUGGGUGCUGGCCUGAGUGGGUGCCAAGGGUCCCUUUGAUGGGGGGACACCUGCUUUUUGUGUGCGCAUGUGUGUAGACAAGGAUGGGCUGGGCGCCUGGGGCCCUUGUCCCUUGGAUGAACACCCCCUGCUCUGCGCAUCUCUGCUCUUCACACAAUAUCCUUGAGGGAAGAAGGAACAUAGGAGGCAGUUUAGAAUGAGUCCACCCCCACUGGUUUGGGGGGCUCUGACGGCUGGUCCGCACAUUAAGAGAGAAGUGUGAGUGUGCACCCAGGCUCCCUGUAGGGAAUCCCUCCUCACGGCAGCUAGCAUGCAACGCUCAAAGAAGUCCUGGACCCUGGGUCCCUCUGCCGCAGUCCUUGGUUCCAAGAGGGAGAUGGGAGAGAGCUUCAGAGGUUCCCUUGACUCCUUUCCCACGCCUGCCAACCUUGUUUUGAAUUUAUAAGCAUUUUCUUCAUCACCCUUUGUUUUUUCAGGGUCAGUGGCCCUCUUCCUGGCGGGGGUGAGGGGCGAUGCCUGGGGUUAAAAGCACUGGGUGGGUUUUCCUGACCUUCCCAUCAGGAUCCUGUGGCUACUCCUGCUGGGCUGGGGGGCUGGGGACGGGCCCUGGGGCAGACAGGACCGCCGCACCGCCGGAGGAUGGAGAUGCUGGUGGGGGCUUUGUGCACCCAGGGCGCGGCCUGUGCAUUCCGGCUUUUGUUCUUGGAGGACACUGAAUGUAAAGGACAAGACAGGAGCCGCGGGGGCAGGAAGAAGCCAGCUUGAUGUCAGUGGACAUGCUGACCUUGGCUGGGAUGGAGCCAGCGCCAGAGGCAGAGCGCGGGGUGGACGGAAGAGGCUUCUCUCAGCUCACUCCUUCCAUCUCAAGCCAAGGUCUUCACAGACUCACGUUCUCAGCCCAGGGCUGUCCCCAGAGCAUCCAGGCAAGGCUGGAGGAAGCUUCCAGAAGGGGGGAGGGGGCUCCUCUGAGGCCCCAUCGGUGGUCUUGGACAGACGGUGGAGGAGGCAGCCGCUGCUCUUCUCGCCCCUUCUUUGGAAUGUCUGUGCUAUUUUUUGACCCUGUUAGUCACUGCGGCUCAUGAAAAAUAAAUCUUUCCGUGUGUGUG